CAACAAAUCACCCAUAAAUCGUCAUCUUCUUCACACAUCUUUUCAUUCACAACAAUCAAACGUUUCCCAGAUGGCCCGUACCAAGCAAACCGCCAGAAAAUCCACCGGAGGAAAGGCUCCACGUAAGCAACUCGCCACCAAAGCAGCCAGAAAGUCAGCUCCGGCCACCGGAGGAGUGAAGAAACCCCACAGAUUCAGGCCAGGAACCGUGGCAUUGAGGGAGAUCAGGAAGUACCAGAAGAGCACUGAACUGUUGAUCAGGAAGCUGCCGUUUCAGAGGCUGGUGAGGGAGAUUGCUCAGGAUUUCAAGACUGAUUUGAGGUUCCAAAGCUCUGCUGUUGCUGCUUUACAAGAAGCUUCUGAAGCUUACCUUGUUGGGUUGUUUGAGGACACGAAUCUGUGUGCGAUUCAUGCGAAGAGGGUUACCAUUAUGCCCAAGGAUAUGCAGCUUGCUAGGAGGAUUAGGGGUGAGAGGGCUUAGGUUGUUUUUUGUUGUUUUGGUUUUAAUUUUCUGGAACUAUCGGUUUGGAAUGAAUGAAAAAUGUUGAUAUAGUGAAUUUAUCUUUUUAAACUUUUGGAACCAAUGGAUGCUUUAAUUUCAUGAUUA